AUGGGAAACUCGACGUCGAGAAGUGGCGCUCCUGUCAUCGCCCGUUGCUCCUCGCCAACUUAUUGUGUCCAGGUUGUUGGUAGCAGACAUAUUCUCCUUGGUGGCGGAGGAGGAGCGUCCAAAACUGGAGUACCCAACAACAUCCAGACCUUGCUGCUUUCGUUCGAUUCAAAGUUAUUGGCAGUUGCAGCAGGGAAUUCAUCACAGACAAAUGAACAGUUAUCGUUAGUAACGGAGGUUACCAACUCAUUGGAAACCGAUCCUUUUGCAACAAUGAAUAUGGACUGUGUAUUAUUGGGACCUUCAGAACUGGGUAAAUAUCUUUUGGCUGCUGGACAUGAUCAGUACUGCGAUUUGUACGAAUCGAAAGGAUUUUCUUUAUUAAAAGCGAAGGAAAACGAGCAACCGCAACUAGCGUUAAGUUUUGAGAAAAUAUCUCGAAUUACUUCAGAUGAAAAGUCGAAUAACGGUUACCAGAAAACUGUUCGGUUUGAUCGAAGUGUUGAAGGCCAACCUCAGAGGUUGUAUACAGGUGGUGCAGAUGGAUGUAUACGUAUCUGGGAUGUAGAAACGUUAAGACAAGGUUGUGCGUUGAAACAUACUCCAUUGAUAAAAAUUGAAGCUCAUCAAGGGGAUGUGGAUGAUUUGGAUAUUUCGCCGAGUGGAAAAUUGUGCAUCAGUGUGGGGCAUGAUACAUCUGUAUAUGUUUGGAAUGCAGUAAAUGGAAGAAAAAUUUGUAGCUUACCAAUGCCAAAUGAAAUUGGGGCUGAUUUUAGGGUUCGGUCAGUGCGCUUUACGAUUCUUGGCUCUAAGAACACAAUAUUUUUGGUAACUUACAAUCAAAUCCGACUUGCAAAAAAAGCUGUGUCAUAUGUUGCGCUAUGGGCGUUCAAUAAUGAGCGAGAUGUAUGCCGGCCAAUACUUGUUCGAGAAGCAUGUAAAGAGACAAUAUCAGCUCUAGCUGUUAGCGGCUGUGGUAACUUCUUUGCCGUUGGAACAAUGGAUGGAAGCGUGGGUAUAUAUGAUACACAUGAAUUGAAACUGCUAUAUUUUGCCCAGAAAACACACACCAUCUUCGUUACAGCUGUUGAAUUCCUUCCUCAAAAGACUUACGAUUUUGGUCCGCUCAGUGACGAAAAUACACGGCAAUGUUCUCAUUAUCCAGGAUUGGCAUCCGAAUAUCGAACAGCUGUAAUUUCGCUAAGUGCAGAUCAAACAGUUCAGUUUCAUGCUGUUCCUUUCUUGAAACAAACUUCAUUUACCUCCUUUCUAUGUAAACUAUCCUUUUUAGCUUUCUUUUUGUAUUAUAUUGUUUGGUAUCUGUGUGACCGGCCGAAAAAGUUGAAUUUAAGAUAA